ACAUACAACCCUUUCACUUUUCUUUAAGAACCCUAAAUUAUUCAUUUCAUUCACCUCGUGCCAUUCUCUUUUCUUCAUUCUCAAUGAAGAACUGAGGAGAAGAGAAAAAGAGAUAUAACAAAAUUAAAAAAAAAAGUAAAGAGGAAGGGAUUUAUUUUAUUUGUUUAACAAUGCGAGUGAAGGAAAUGCACCCGUUAUGUUGCAUCUCGCUGGAGAGUCCAGGGAUCGGUGGCGGAGGUGACUCGCCGGAGGCGGCAGACGCGGCGGCGCUGUCGAGGACCAGGAGUCUGCCGGCGAGUUUCGCAGCGGCGGGUGGCGGAUCUGAUGGAGGAGGAUGUUGUGGACCGGAGGAGACGGUGGCGGGAGUACUGUACAAAUGGACGAAUUACGGCAAGGGCUGGAGAUCCCGGUGGUUCGUCCUCCGCAACGGCGUCCUCUCCUACGCUAAGAUCCGGUGGCCUGAGUAUCUCAACCUCCUCCCUCGUCUUGACGACGUCCACCUCAUCGGCGAAGUCUCCGCCAACCGCCUCGCUCGCUUCGACCGCGGUGCCGCCGCUGCUUCCUCCAUCCGCCGCAAGAGCCACAAACCUCCCUCUUCCUCCGGCGUUGUCCAUCUCAAGAUCUCGUCAUUUAGAGAGAGUAAGUCAGAUGAUAGGAGGUUCUAUAUAUUCACAGCAACGAAGACUCUCCAUCUGAGAACCGAUUCGAGGAGGGACCGUGUGGCGUGGAUACAGGCUUUGGUGUCAACCCGUGGCUUGUAUCCAUCACUUAGACCACUCAUUAGUGAUCACAUCAUAUCUUCUCUCGCACCAAACCAUGUGUCUGUGUCAACCGAGAGGCUCAAGAAACGGUUGCUUGAAGAAGGUACCAGUGAGACCCUCGUGAAGGACUGUGAGCAAAUCAUGCUCUCCGGGUUCAACGAGUUACAAGGGCAGCUUAAAAUCCUGUGCCAAGAGAGAUUGAACUUGCUUGAUACAAUAAGGCAGUUGGAGGCAGCUAAUAUUGAACCUGAGGCCUCUGCCAUACAUGAUGGUGAAUACCAAUUGACAAAGAAUGGAUUUUCAAGUCUAGGACGCGCAAAAUAUAGCGAAUGCAGUACAACUGAAUCGUCUGAUGAUAUCGAGAAGCAGGAGUUGGAGGAAGUGUCAGAUGAAGAUGAAAUCUCAUAUUAUGAUACUAGAGAGUAUUUUACAGAACCUGGUUUUAGGUGUGGGUCAAUAGGAACUUUGGACCAAGUGAACGGGUCUAAAGAAGCAAACACAGAAUGUAUUGAUAUGGAAAACAUUAGUAUUGAGAAGGCAAUCAAUAGUUUCAGAUACCCUCACAUAGUUAGGAGGAAAAAGCUUCCAGAUCCUGUUGAGAAAGAGAAGGGCGUAAGUUUAUGGUCAAUGAUCAAAGACAAUGUGGGCAAAGAUCUCACACGAGUUUGUCUUCCUGUGUACUUUAAUGAACCGAUAUCAUCACUUCAGAAGUGUUUCGAGGACUUGGAGUACUCUUACCUUCUGGACCGAGCUUAUGAAUAUGGAAAAUCAGGAAAUAGUCUCCUUAGGGCACUGAAUGUUGCUGCAUUUGCAGUUUCUGGAUAUGCAUCAUCUGAAGGGCGUCAUUGUAAACCCUUUAAUCCUUUGUUAGGGGAAACUUAUGAGGCUGACUUUCCUGACAAAGGACUUCGCUUCUUUUCUGAGAAGGUUAGCCACCAUCCAACUGUAGUUGCGUGCCACUGUGAAGGUAGAGGAUGGAAGUUUUGGGCUGACAGCAACAUCCGUUCAAAGUUUUGGGGAAGGUCCAUUCAACUUGACCCGGUGGGAGUUCUUACCCUUCAGUUUGAUGACGGUGAAACAUUUCACUGGAGCAAGGUGACGACAACAAUUUAUAAUCUUAUCCUUGGAAAAAUAUAUUGUGAUCAUCAUGGGAACAUGGACAUUCGUGGCAAUCGCCAGUAUUCAAUCAGACUCAAGUUCAAAGAACAGACGAUUCUGGACCGAAAUCCUCAUCAGGUGAAUGGAUUUGUUGAAGAUUUAAGGGGGAAAAAAGUUGCCACAUUAUUUGGCAAGUGGGAUGACAGCAUGUACUAUGUUAAUGGUGAUGUGAAUGUGAAGCCAAAAGGUUUCAAUUCAUCAGAUUCAACCUUGUUGUGGAAAAGGGUUAUGCCACCCACUAAUCUCACUCGGUACAAUUUGACAUCAUUUGCCAUCACACUCAACGAGCUUACACCAGGACUCAAGGAGAAACUCCCGCCCACUGAUUCCAGGCUGAGGCCAGAUCAGCGGCAUCUAGAGAAUGGGGAAUACGAGAAGGCUAAUAUGGAGAAACAAAGAUUGGAAAAGAGGCAAAGAAUGUCACGAAAAAUACAAGAAAGUGGUUGGAAGCCGAAAUGGUUCCACCAAGAAGGUGAAAAUGGAACAUUUCGAUAUAUUGGCGGGUAUUGGGAAACGAGAGCUCAAGGAAAAUGGGAUGGAUGCCCAGAUAUAUUUGGUGAAUUUAAUGAAGUCACUGUGGAACCGUUGGAUGCGUCUUGAUUUUUGUUCAGAUAAUAAUAAUGAAUGCGAAUUUCUUGGAAGGGUUUAUCUUGAACCUUCUUGCAUGGCGACUAUGGUUUACACCAAACCGAAGGGAGAGUUAGCCUUUUGGAAAAGAGAACUACUGAAAAAUAAGGCUCUUUGUAGAGAGCCCUUGUGAUUUUACCAAAAAACAAGGAGAAUGAGAAGUUGCAGAAAAAAUAACUUCAACCAAUUGUCGUACCUAAAAGUUGCUAUGUGGGUUCAAAAUGACUUCAAUUGGCCAUUACUGCUGAAUGAAGUUAUGAUUUUGUUGACCUAAUGUACCAAGGAGUUUCCACGUACACAGCUCUGAUCUUGGCUUGCAAAGAAGAGCUUUGGAGUUAUAAAUCUCAAACCGAGGCUGGUAUUCAUAUAGUCUAGAUGAGCGUAUAAUAUGAUCGAGCAAGUUAUUCAACUUUAGAUCAGUUGUUAGAUUAGGGUGUCAUCUGUAAUUUUAGAUUGUCAUAAUCUUGCUUUCUCUUAAUUGUUAGUAUGUGUAAUUAAUUAAUUUGGGGUAUUAGUUUAUGUAAGUUUGUCCUUUAUCCUUGAUAUAUAGCUAGGCGUCAUGGCCAAAAGGGCUAUCCAUUUAUUUUAUAUUUGUUUGCAUUUUCCAAAUAAAUAAAUAACUAGAUGCAUAUCUAAUUUGGAAGUGUAUCACUAUUUUGUUUCAUAUAUAAAGCUUUAAUACCAAAUAUUC